AUGCGUCGUUCUCAGGGCUCGUUCGGUGGUCUGUGUCGUGGUCCAGGUCUCUGUCCCGUAGCAGCGUGCCGGGAGGACGGCGCUGUCGAAGAGGUACACAACAAUCUGCGUGCUCAAAUUGCGCUUGGAAAGUUCACGGCAAAGGGGAAACUGAUGCCUCCGGCGGCGGAUAUGCGCAAAAUUAAAUGGUCUCCAUCUCUCGAGUCAUCAGCACAGAAUUACUCUGAGAAGUGUAUCUUCGAGCAUUCUCAAACAAACGGUGUUGGCGAGAAUUUGUACAUGUCCUGGUCAUCAGCUGUUGAUGGAAUUGAGGGAAAAGGCAAUAAGUCAGCAACCGCAUGGGCCAACGAGUUUCAACAAUUCGGCUGGUUAAAUCUAACGUUUAACCUUGAUGUGUUCGACACAGGAGUCGGGCAUGCUACACAGAUGGCCUGGUCUUCGUCAAGCGAGAUGGGCUGUGGAGCAACGCUGUGCAAUGGGAAACAUAACGUCAUCGUCGUCUGUCAAUACACAAAACCUGGAAACUACCUGCGAACGAACGCCUACUCACCUGCUCACCUUGUCGACAUUUGGAAUAUGAUUGAUUCGUUUCGGGAGAAUGGACUGAAUGCUUUACCCAUUUAUGUACAAAUUAAAGCUUCUCGAGUCGAGCUAUUGUUGACAUCGAUUUUCCAUAACUUGAAUAAACGAUUGGUCUCCUCGCAGCACAUUGACACCGAUAAAUCGAUCUCGUUGUUGUUGAGCUUUUUGCUUGGCGCUUAUGAUAAACAACAAACCGGUCGACUCUCGAUUUUCUCGAUCAAAAUCGCGUUGGCAACGAUCUGUGCUGGGAAAUUGGUGGACAAGUUAAGAUAUAUGUUCUCACAAAUCUCUGACUCAAACGGCUUACUGGAGCACGACCGAUUUGCUGAUUUGCUUCAACAGGCUUUGGCUUUAACAACAGCUGUCUUUGAGGCGCCAACUUUUGGAUUCACUGAAGCUGCCGUUUCACAAUGUUUUCCAAAGGAGGCGAAAGUGACGCUGAACCAUUUCUUGGAUGUUUUCAUGUCCGAUCCGUGUCCACCCUGCAUUAUGUGGCUUCCAUUGUUGCAUCGGAUGGCCGCCGUCGAACACGUGUAUCAUCCAGUCGUUUGUGAUGCGUGUCAGGUUCGCUCGUUCACUGGAUUUCGCUAUAAAUGCCAGCGCUGUGCGAACUAUCAAUUGUGUCAAGGAUGCUUCUGGAGAGGUCGCACGUCUCAGAAUCACUCGAAUGAACACGAGAUGAAAGAGUACUCAAGCUAUAAAUCUCCAACAAAGCAACUCGCGCAUUCAAUCCAGAAAUCUCUGCAAUGCGUGCCAUCGGUUCAGACGAAAAUCGUGCCCAAUAAGGUCGUACAAAUGCCGAUGGAACGUCCGGUGAGACCGUUGGAGCUCUCAAACAUUGUCCCAGCAACUCCAACAACUCUCAGAAGACAUCAAAGUGAGCGAGCUCCCUCGUGGCCUUCGUCUCCUGUUUUGUUACCCGGUCAAAUCGCUGUCAAUGGUCAUUUAGACGAUGAGCACAAAUUGAUCGCCAGAUAUUCGGCGAAAUUGAGCGGAAGAACUGAGUAUCCAUUGAGUGGUGGUCGAUCGAUGAUCGAUCGACCAUUGGACGAGAGAUCGUUGAUUGCUCAAUUGGAGGAGGAGAAUACGGAGAUGGUGCGAGAAAUGGCGAGAUUGGAGAAUCAGUUCGUCACUGAAGAUGGCCAAUUGACAGGGCUGAGGGAAAGGAAAUCACAACUGGAAGAGAAAAUGUUCGUGAUGCAACAAAGGCGAAGAGAUCUCAUGAUGCAAUUGGAGCAAUUGAUGGCACAACUUAAUGCACCGGGCAUCCGUCCAACUGGUCUCUCAACCGCUUCGCUCAAUCAAUUGCCCGAAUCGCUGAGCGGAGUCGGAAAUAAGAUAACGGGUGCUUUCCGUGGCAGCUCGGUGCCAGUGUCAAGUCUGCAGGGUGAUCUUCUUCACGCCGCCGAUCUCAUCACUGACAAUAUGAGCACUCUGGUCAGAGAGUUGGAUAUAGCUCAUGACGGCACUUUCACUAAUGGAAGCGAUCGGGAAAUGGCU